UUGAUUUUGUUUACACUGUACAAUAUAUGUAAAUUUAACAAUAUGUGCAAUUUUCAUUUUACCUUUUUUGUUUAUAAAUAAAAUUCUGCAAUUUUAUCAACGAAUUCUGCAAUUUUAUCAACGAAUUCUGCAAUUUCACAUCAAAUUCUACAACUUUGUAAUGGAAUACAUUUGGAUUUAUAAAGACAAGUGAGAUGGGGGACAAUAGUCCUCCAGCAAAACGAAGUCGGAAAUCAUCAGUUGAUUUAACCGACUUAUCAAAAGAUGAUUUGAUCAAGAAGUAUCAGAAACAACAACAGUAUGUGGAACACUUGGAAUCAAAACUGGGAAACACAGGAGAAGAUGAAAAGGAAAAGAGUCAAGCCACUGAAUCAAGUCGAAGGGAAAACGUUCUUGUCAUGAGAUUAGCGAAUAAAGAACAAGAGAUUCAGGAUCUUGCUGCUCAAAUGAACCACAUCAAAAAAGCUCAAGAAGACACCGCUCUUAUGAGUCUUCGGCAAGCAAGUCUUGAUCCUGGAGUAAACCUCCUGUUUGGAAGGAUGCGGGAAGAGCUGCAGCAGACCAAGGAUAAACUGGAGCAAGCCAACAGUGACCUUAGCGCAUGGAAGUUUACCCCUGACAGCCAAACAGGCAAAAAACUGAUGUCUCGAUGCCGCACCUUGCUUGCUGAGAAUAAAGACCUAGGAUUACAAAUCUCACAAGGCAAGAUAUCCCAACUUGAAGCUGAACUUGCUUUGCAGAAGAAAUACAGUGAAGAGUUAAAAUCAAGUCAAGACGAACUAAAUGAGUUUGUCAUCCAGCUUGAUGAGGAGGUAGAAGGAAUGCAAGGAACUAUUAAAGUUCUACAACAACAACUCUCUUCUGCUAAGCAGGAUGUGGAAAAAUAUAAGAAUUUAAUUGAAAAGUUAAAUACCAAUGCUGGUAAUAACGGCGUAAAUUGCUCACUUAAUUCCCCACUUAAAAACCAUACAGAAAUGAGCGAAAACGGGGUGACAAAAUCGCAAAAUGACGCGCAGUGCGACGAUACGGAUUCGCGAGUUGAAAUUGAUAGGACCAGUUGCGCUAAUACGAUUCAAAACAUCGCUGGUAGCAGCGAGUUAUCUGAGAACCAAGACGAAGAAGUCGCAUCUCCCCAGAGAUCGCCGGGUACUCCGUUAGAAGAAGUGCAGCCUGUAACUCCUAACAGCGGGUCAGAUAUGCCAAAGUCUCCAGGUACGCCUUUGUAUGAAACUAUGGAUUAUACAGAAGAUGGAGCGAACCAACAACAGCUUUCAGUAAAUGCAUGGGAAGACAGGACUAGUGUAAGUGCCCCUAUAAACCAUGACAGUCAUGCAGUAGAUGAUGACCCAGAUAUCAAGGCCCAUAUCUCUGCAGUAACACCUCAAGAGGGUGGGCUUAAUGGGCCAAAUAAAACUGAAGAAUCAGCUAAAGUUGUCUAUGAGGUUAAUGAUAAUAGGACGCCAAACCACACUUCCGUUACGGAAGUGAAAACCGAUAAUUUUAACCAUAAACCACUGGAUGAUAAAGAAGAUAUAAAGAACUCAACGGAAGAAACCAACACUGCACAAGCGGACACACCACCUCAGAAGAAAGAAGUAAAGACACCUCACGAAACUACGACACCAGAGAUGCCUCAGCAGAUGAUCCAAGAGCCUGCCCUACUCGCGUAUUUCAAAAAUCUAAUGUCGCAGCCCUAUGUAAUGCCUGAUGGUAAAACCAUACUUCCCAACCCCAUGAUCCCAGGUGCAAUGGUCCCUGGGCUUACCCUUAUGCCCCAGGCAGGGGACAGUAAUGGGGCUGUAAUCGCAAACCCUGCUGCUUACCCAUUAACCCCAGAAUACAUAGCGCAGCAAAACGCGUUUAUGGCAAUGAGCCAAUUAAUGAUGCUGCGUGGGGGAAUUCCCCAGGGUGACCCUAAAAUCGUUGACCCCGCUUUGCAGGCGAGAAUGAUGGGUGUUUUACCCCAAAACGGGGUUUUGGAAGAAAGUAAACCUGCUGAAUAAGCUAGUGGCCUGAACACUUUCUAUAACGCGAUGUACAUACUGUAGUAAGUUUCAAUGUCAGCUGGCGUAGGAUUCAAAUUACUCGGAAAAUAAUCACACUUGCGCGAUUUUUUUGUCUCGAAUUGUUUUUCUAUUCCCAAACAAAUCUACCAACAAGAAAAUGUUAUCACUUUACAUUUAACAAAUGUAUUAAACAAUUCCAACUUUUUCCCACUAAUAAUAUUGGGCAAAUUUAAGCAGUUUCUGAUGUAAAAUUAAAAUCGUUAUUGGGUUUAUGUUUCAUAGUAAUCGAGCACAUUUCCUAUCCAACAGUUUAAUAGCAGGCAAUUGUUAGUGUUUAAUCUAUUAAUACAUUGGUUUGGUUUACGCCUGAGAUUUUUGUACUUCGUUGCCCAAUUUCUUUGGAAAUAAUUGUGUGUAAUUUUAUCAAACAUAAUCAUUUGUAUUGCAGCAUUGGGCAAGUGUCCCAAAUACAAUUCAAUGUUGCUGAAACUGUUGUAUAUUCGCAGUUAUUUUGUAACUUUUGAAAUACCAAUUGACUUUAAAAAACAAGAACACUAUGGACAAAAGAAUUUGACAAUUUUGAAAAUAACUGUAUUUGGACAAAGAAGAUAAAAAGACUUUUCUUUCUCAAUCUCUUCUGGAAAUUGAAACAAUUCAAGACCUUUUGAAGCCAAGAAACCAAACAAACAAGGCACAUAUACUUUAACUUUUUAAGAAAGAAUUUUCAAAGAUACCUGAAAACACCUCAACCAUAUAGAGUGAAAAUUGCUUUUAUAAUAUUAAUAAUAACAUCAUUUUUUUAUCAAUUCGAAAUGCACAUCGAAAA